GGCAGAACGCGCGUAAAAACGGACUCCGAGGAGCGGAAUGAACAGAUAAGCUCAGCUCGUCUAUUCGACAACGACCUCCACUGUAUUUGCUACCCUUCCAUUUACCUGCCGUCUUCCCCCACACAUCCAUGGCCGUCCGUCACUCCGUCUUUUCCCAUGUCCACAUACCCCGGAUCACCCAAAAUAAGCUCGGCCGAAUUCGUUCCGAGAUUGAACUUCAUGUCCUCGGCCCCAUAAGCUUACCUAACCUCUACAGAUCCUUUGAACAUUACACAGCCUCCGCAAUUGCGAACUGACUGUUCUUCUUGGCACCGAUCAACAGGCUUCUUCUCCACUUCUUUCCCACUCCACUGUGCCCCACAACCGUUGCUUAAGCUUCAUACACUGCAACCGCGGAGACAUGAUCUCCGGCCGGCUCCAUGGCUCAGCAAACAGCACUUCGAACUAUUUUUAGCUCAAUUCGUCACUCUCGUUUGCCCUCGCCGAAAUUUGCGCGGGUCCCCCGUAGGACAUACGCUGCUGCAGCGCUUGCGGUUGAUUCAGGCUUCCGAUUGGCUCAACUGUGGUGUCCCUCCUCCUCCCACAGCGGAACAUUCUGGCCACGCUUGUUAAGCUCCGGCGGCUGUUCCGCGGUCGACUUGCUGUCAGGAUCACUCAGCCUCGAGCAUCGUGAGUCACCUCCUACGAUCUCAUCCUUUUCCUCAUGUUGCGACAUCGUACAUCGAGGGUAGCGAGAUAAGCCUUCCCUUCCUUCCUUUCCACCGCCCGAAAGCCCGUAAAUCAUGGCUGUUUUUCAUUCUGCCAGGUCAGCCCGCGGCCCUGUCGAUCGAAUCGUCCGACUCUUCCCGCAUGCGUGCGUUUGGAGUUGGGAACACCUUUGCCGACGGACGUCGGACAUCGGACAUGAGGAGCGCGCGUCAAUUGUGCUCGAGUUUAUCCUCGCGAGAGUAUGAGAUAGGAUAGCGUACGUAGUCUUUCUGAUUAGCUUGUUUUUGGUCUGG